CGCCGGGACUCAUUGUACCUCCCGGUACCCAGCAAACCCAAGGCUACGGAACCCCGUGGCAGGGGCAAUGGUGCCAGGGGGCACCGGGCCUGUUGCCAGGGAGACCCCCUGACCAAUAAAGUUUGUGUUCUGCAACCGAUUGUCUGCCUUCCUCAGAGCAUGGUCCCGCAUAACGUUGGACCAAUGGGUCCUCAGUACCAUUUCCAAGGGAUACGUGUUGCAGUUCACUUCUCCCCCUCCACGCCACCUGCCCAUCACCUGGGGCUUGGGGGAUCCCGAGCACGCCCGUCUCCUGGGCCAGGAGGUGGAUUGGCUACUCAGCCUCGGGGCGGUGGAACGUGUCCCGACACAGUUCCAGGGCAAGGGGUUUUACUCCCGUUACUUUCUCAUCCCCAAGGCGAAAGGGGGUCUCAGACCCAUCCUGGACCUGUGCAACCUGAACAGGUUUCUAACCCGUUCCAAGUUCCUCAUGGUGUCCCUGUCUUCCAUCAUCCCCUCUGUAGACCCGGGGGAUUGGUAUGCUGCCCUGGACCUCCAGGACGCUUACUUCCACGUCCACAUUUUCGAGGGGCACAGACGCUUCCUCAGAUUCGUGGUGGGGACGGGACACUACCAGUUUGUGGUCCUCCCCUUUGGCCUGUCCACAGCCCCCAAGGUAUUCAUGAAGUGCAUGGCAGUGGUGGCAGCCUACUUCAGAAAACGGGGUGCAAAUCUUUCCUUACCUGGACGACUGGCUCCUCAAGGGCGACUCUUGUCCAGAGGUGGAGUUCCACGUACGGCUACUCCUGGCCACCUGCAAAAGCCUAGGUCUAGUCGUGAAUGAGACCAAAUCUACCCUAGUACCGGUCCAGCGCAUAGAGUUCAUUGGGGCUCUCCUAGACUCCUCCAAGGCUACGGCCUCUCUUCCCCUGGUCAGGUUCGAGACCCUGAAGGCUCUCAUCACCUCGGUCUCCCAGUUCCCGGUAACCAUGGCCAGGGCAUGCCUCCGAUUCCUGGGUCACAUGGCGGCCUGCACGUAUGUGGUCUGCCAUGCCAGACUCCGGAUGAGGCCCCUCCAAAUCUGGCUAGCCUCCCAAUUCUCACAAGCCCGAGACGGCCUGGACAAGGUCCUCACAAUCCCGUCCCCGGUGCUGGCUUCCCCUCAGUGAUGGACCCUCCCGAGCAAUAUACUACAAGGGGUUCCCUUCAGAGAGGCCAGCCCAUCAGUAGAUCUGAUGUCCGAUGCUUCGGACCUAGGCUGGGGAGCCCACAUAGGAAACGUGCAGACCCAAGGGAUGUGGUCGACCCCGGACUUGUUCCUACACAUAAAUGUCAAGGAACUCAGGGCGAUACACCUGGCGUGUACAGCGUUUCUCACGCACUUCCACGGCAGGGUAGUCAGAGUACUCACGGACAACACCGCCGCCAUGUACUAUAUCAACAAGCAGGGCGGGACUCAUUCCCUAGCCCUCUGCUGGGAAGCCCUAGCCUUAUGGGAGUUUUGUAUAGCCCAUGAUAUCUCCCUACGGGCGGCUCACCUUCCAGGCGUCCGCAAUAUGCAAGCAGACCGCCUCAGCAGGGUCUUCUCCCCCCAGUACGAGUGGUCGCUCCUCUCGGAGGUCACUCAUCGGCUCUUCCAAGAGUGGGGAACUCCCCAGAUCGACCUAUUUGCAACCCGAUGGAACCAGCGUUGCCCCCAGUUCUGCUCCAGGGGAGGGGUGGGGAAGGACACGAUCUUGGACGCGUUCCUCAUGAGCUGGUCGGGCCAGCUCCUAUAUGCCUUCCCCCCGCUUCCCCUCAUCCCCAAGGUCCUGGAAAAGGUGAAAGUGGACAAGGCAAGGGUCAUUCUCAUAGCCCCAGCGUGGCCCCGCCAGCAUUGGUACGGGCCCCUCUUACGCCUCCUGGUGGCCCCCCCCGAGGGCACUACCGCUCCGUCCAGACCUCCUCUCCCAGGAAGGAGGGCGCCUCCUCCAUCCCAAUCUGGCCGCGCUCCACCUGACAGCAUGGCUGCUCCGUGGCUGAAUGAGGAGGAGAGCAGGUACUCAGAGCAGGUGAGGCGAGUCCUCCUGGAAAGCAGGAAGCCAUCCACGCGUCGAACGUAUGUAGCAAAGUGUUCCAGGUUUGCCAAGUGGUCGAGCGAGCGGGGAGUUUCCCCCUCCGCAGCUCCUCUCCAGUUCGUCCUGGAUUACCUUUUGUCCCUUAGGACCCAAGAUCUGGCACCUCGCAGCCAUAUCGGCCUUUCACUCGCCGGUGCGGGGGCACUCGGUCUUCUCCCACCCUAUGACCUCCCGUUUCCUGAAGGGCCUAGUUCAUUCGUUCCCAUAUGCUAGACCCCCGGUGCCACAAUGGGACCUCAACCUGGUCUUGUCACAUCUCACGGGGCCCUGCUUUGAGCCGCUAGUCACAUGCUCUUGGUCACACCUCUCGUGGAAGGUGGCCUUCCUCGUGGCGAUCACGUCUGCCUGACGUGUCUCCGAGCUCAGGGCCCUAACCUCGGAACCCCCCUAUACGGUUUUCCAUAGGGACAAGGUCCAGCUUCAUCCACACCCGGCAUUCCUCCCGAAGGUGGUCUCCCCUUUCCAUAUGGAGCAGAGUAUCUUUCUUCCCGUGCUCUGCCCUAAAAGCCCCACUUCUCUAAUGAGAAGCGUCGCCUCCACGUGUUAGAUGUGCGUAGAGCGUUGGCUUUUUAUCUGGAUCGGACCAAGCCGUUCCGGAAAUCCUCUCAACUCUUUGUUGCCUCGGCCGAGCGGGCAAGAGGGCAACCUAUCUCGACCCAGCGGCUUUCCCGCUGGAUUACCUCAUGCAUACGCACGUGCUAUGACCUGGCAGGGAUUCCCCCGCCACCUAUCGUUAAGGCUCACUCGAUGAGGGCUCAGGCCUCAUCAACUGCCUAUGCCGCCCAUGUCCCUAUUCAAGACAUCUGUAGGGCGGCCACGUGGGCCUCUGUUCACAUGUUUACUUCGCAUUACGCGAUCGUCUCCCAGUCUAGGGACGAUGCAGGGUUCGGCAGGGCGGUACUUCGUCCCGAACCAUCGUGAACUCCUACCCACCUCCAACAGAUACUGCUUGGAAUCACCUCCUGUGGA